GAUUGAUGCGCGAGUGCGCGCCUAAGCGCGGGAACGAUGAACAAGUAUCUUUGGCACAAGAGUUCGCACCAUGAUCGCGAAAGGGCUCUCCUUGGCUCUCCUCUUAGCGUCUACGUUCGCCCGUCAGCCGGGUUUGCCUUUAGAGCCAGGGUUCGCAUUAGAACCUCCCGAUAAGGAGCAAAUUGACCAGGAGCUGUAUCGUGAAAUCUUGUCUCCCUACGAGCCACAUUAUCUUCAAUACGAUGACAGUCCUAAAGUGUACGUUACUCGUGGAGAUAUCUUCAGACUUCAACCGCCACGCAAUGAUCUCUUAUCGAAGGAAAUAGCCUUAUUAAAACGUUGGGAGGGAUUAUCCCAGAUCGCUCCAGACUCUAACACACUCGACUACAACCAAGAGCGGCCAUCUUUUCUUCUCGCUCGUCUCGUUGGCCUCGACUAUCGCACGCCAAUAACAAACCGAAAAAAAUCUUAUAAUGAUGUGCUGAAUAACGUCAAUCGAGACAAACAAGUUAACGAACAAGUUAAUGAACAAGUUAAUGAACAAAUUAAUGAACAGAUUAAUGAACAAGUUAACGAACCAGUUAAUGAACAAGUUAAAGAUAAAGAAAUUACGGAUAAAGACGGAAAAGGCAAAACAGAAGAAGAGAUUGAAUUGGAGUCGUUACAGAAAGAAGACAGGAAUAAACAUUUUGCAUUGACACCACUGGAUGAAGGCUAUUUUGAUUCCGUAGUUAUACCAGGUGAGGUGAGGGCUCAUAUGAGCAAAAAUGAAUUGCUGGAACCGAGAAAGAUUCGCCAGAAUCCCAACUUAAGUAGAGCCAAGACGCUGGUCGCAGAGAACUUGGAUGAACUACGCCUUGGUUUGGCUAAUAAGGUGUACCGUAUACCUGUCUCCUUACUGCCAACAAACCUGCGAGUCUUGAAAAUUUCACAGCCUAAAGACUAUGAAGAGAGUACCGAUAAGGAUACGGGAAGCACCCUGAGACCUCAGAAUAUACACGUCAUUGAGUCUCUGGCACCUCAACAGUCUCGUUCUAUAUACAGCAGCGCGUUAUUGGCAGCUGUCAUCGCCGCCCUGUCGAUGGCAGUUGUCGGUCUUGUUUUUGGAUGGUAUACUAUUAUCUAUCUACCCAGUCUCUCGAAGAAAGCCAAGGCAGCAGCUGACGUGGAUUACCCGGCAUACGGCGUCACAGGACCGACUAUGGACCAAUCUGGGGACCGUAAACUAGCCCACUCUGCUCAUAUGUAUCAUUAUCAGCAUCAGAAACAACAAAUUCUGGCUAUGGAAAGUUGCCUGGGUCGUAAUGGGUCAGUCUCGGACCCAGAUUCUGAAGAAGAAAACGAGGAAGGGGAUUACACCGUGUACGAAUGUCCUGGAUUUGCUACUACGGGAAAUAUGGAAGUGAAAAAUCCUUUAUUCAGCGAUGACCCAACUCCUGCGACGCCUGGCAAGUGCGAUGUGGUCCAACCACAACCUAAGGAAGAAUAAACCAGCUGGCAUAAUAUGAAAUCUUCUACUCGGAAACCGUUGUAACUAAAUGGUAAACAUUUGAAUUCCAAAUGGCUAUGAUUUGAGUUAUAGAUUAUAUAUUUAAGCAUUACUUCCUAUGUUGCAUUUUUGAUUACUUUAUUACAUCUAAGUCUACGUUAAAAACGUGAUUCUUUCAUUACGUUUUAUAAUAAUAAAUAUACCUGCCCUAUAUGACGGGGUAUAUGUUAAACAUUCCUUUAUUAUCUAUGUUUGGUGUUAGAUAUAAGAAAAGCUUCAUGUACUAGUUAGUGUGACGAAUGAAUUUAUAAAAAAAUAUUUUAAAAUUUACCACUAGGCUAAGUUAGCUCAAAAUUACAAAAAAAUAUAUAAAAUUCUUUCAAUUAUUGUAUUAGCUAUCUAAAUGUUGAAGUUAAUUUACUAAAGAUGUACCUACUACUCGAGUUCCAGAGUCAAUUAAACUGUCAAGUAGUGUUAUUACUGGUUAGUUGUAUAACGUAUUUGUUAAAUCACUUUUGUUUGUAGGCAAAAAUGUUUAAUCUAUUUCUUCAACAAGAAUUUCUUUUAUUAUUCACAUGAAAAAAAGAUGAAGAAAAAUAAAAAAGCUUAUGUCCAAAAAAUUUAUUGCAUGGCGAUGUGCCGAAACCCGAAACAUAGGUUGCACUAUGCAAUAUCAAACCGUUUGUUAAACACGUUACGCUUGUCACGUGAAUAUUUUUAUGCCAACUCGAUUGGUUGUUUAGGGCCCUUGGUCCUACGCACAACUAACUCUGUAAUUUAUCCCAACAUCUGUUACAUUUAUAAAGACCUACAUAUCCAUAGCACAAUUUUUUCUACUUAUUGAGGUGUCAUAUAUUAUAUCAGUGUUAUUGAUAAUCAUAUUUUAUGCAUAUUAAAUACAUAGGCUUAUCGUAGAAUUUAAGAGAAAUGUAACCUAUCCUAGAUUACAAUUGAGGAGCAUCAUGCACUCACACAACAUAUAGAUAUGAUUACUAUUUAUUUAAGUUUUCAACUGAUCUCAACAGCCUUUUCAAAAGGUUGUUAGUUUUAGUAUUAUUUCCAUUUCACGAAAAUCACACACAUAUUAAAUGCGCACUAUAGACGCUUCAUAUUUUCUUAUUCACCACGUAGAUUUGGAAAUGCAUGUUCAAAUACCGUUCUAUUUAAAGUUAUAUCUUUAUUUAAAUAGAAGGAAAAUUUCAUUUAAUGAUUGCGCCGCCUCGCAAGAUUUCUUUACCAUUUAUUAAAUGAACGUCAUUUAAAAUCCAUCGUACAACUUACAAGCUUAUAAAGCACUUCGCUUACCAUUUUUGAAAUCGUUUCCCUGUAGGUAAUUGAAUAGUUAACAGUCGAGUAUAAUUUGUUUAAGGGCUUUUAUUUAGCUUGCAAUUUAUCGUAAGUUUGUCGAACGUGUUAGUAUUAAUUAUUACCAAGACAAGACAUAUGUUUUGUAUGUAAGGAUUUAGCAUUCUACAUGAUUUUGCGUAUUGUUUAAGCCAUUAUGACCAUUAUUAUUAUUUAAUAUUGAUGUUUAGCGUAGACAAAUGAGACUUUAAAGGGCCUACAGUGUUUAUAUUAUAUAUGUUCUAUGACAGAUUUUAUUAUCUUACUAAGUUUCAUUAAUUAAUACAUGACAAUUUCAGUUCAGGUAAUAUAAUAUUUCUAUUGUAUCUGUGUAGAGGAAUAUCCCAUAUAAAUUGCAAAAAUUGUCUUCAAAAUAUUAAUCAAAAAUUGGGUUAUUUAGCUUUUGUCAAACAAUUUAAUUACAACAUCUUGAGACCCCAUGUAGGCCCUGCCGAAGCCUGAUUGCUUUUAUUUAUUAUAACAUCACUUAGGGGUCGUUAUUAUGAAAAUAUAUGUUAUUGUUAUACAAACGUAUAAACCCUUAUAAUAUGCUUUAACUGUCCCUUCUUAUCCAACUGCUCUAAACGUAUCAAAUAACUAUAUACUGUAGAGGUAUAAUAUUACUAAGUUAUUGGAUGUUUUCUAUUGAUGUAAGUUAAAUAAUAUUUUUAACAGGUUAAACCUGUUCAAAUUAUUUUGCGAUAUAUAAUAUUAAAUAAAAAUUCCAAUAUUCAAAAAUAUUAUAAAAUUUAACUUAUAUUCUUAACUAUGGAACUUACUUACUUAAAUGUGGAAGCUUUAAAAAUAUUUCCUAGAGCAUAAUUUAUUCCUGCUCUAAAACUAUUUUAGAAAUUGUGGCCGAAGAAAUCGAACUUUAAGUUCAAGUUAGAUAUUUCACUUUCAAUUACACAAACUAAAUCAUAAAUUUAUCGAAACGCUAAACUUUCUCUUUACAUAUUAAAUGUAUAUCUAACACCCUAUCGUAAACGUAAAUUCAGUGUAACCUAAUUAUUAGUAAAAUAGCAACGUUGAGACAAAAUUUAUUUUAAUUUCCUUUAAGUAAAAUCUAUGUCUAUCAUAAUAUAGUUGUGUUGUACUCGCUUCUGUAUUACUUGUGUAAUGUAUAUACAAUAUCUCUUAUUUAUGGGCAUCGUCUGAGAUGGAUACAAUGUAGGGCGAAUUCAGCGAUAUAAGAUCUAUUAAGUAACAACGCAAUCGUGUAAUAUUUAAAUUAAUCAAUGAAUACGUACCAAAACGUUGAGGUAGCUAUGAUAAUUCCGGGGAUUUGUUAUCAUUCCUUUGGCCUGCUUUGAAUAAGUCCAUGGUGCGUAAUAGCAUUUGUUAACAGAAGCAAUGACGUCAUGAUAGGCCUCAGGUAUCGUUACAUAUGUUAUAAAUACAAUGAAUGAUGCAUUUAAUGAGAUAUAUUGUAUAAGAUGUAUUUACCGAUGCAAUAAGAUUAUAACUGCACACCGCAAAUGUAGAAAUAAAGUAUAUUUAUAUUGUAUCGAACCAAUAUGUGUAUUAUAUGUCUAUGCAAUUAA